AUGCUCAUGAUGAACGAUUUCGGGUCGAUGGGCCCGGGCAACAUGAUGCCGCCGUCGUUCAACCCCAUGUGCCAGGGGCUGUUCGAACACCAAAUGCCCAAGCCCAGGCUGGCGUUCAAGAUGCCCCGUGUGGUGCCCGACCAGAAGAAUAAGUUUCAGACCGACGAUCUGUUCAAACGCCUCAGUCGUGAGAGUGACGUUAGGUAUACGAGCUAUAGAGACAGGCCUCACGAAGAACGACAAAACCGUUUUCAAAUGGGUUGUCGCGAAGGACAUGUAGACAUCGCUUUUGCCACAACGGGGACAAAUCUGCAACUUAUGUUCACUCCGAAUAUGCCAUCGAUGACAUCUUACCAUCAACCCACAAUUGGUUAUUGUGAUUUUGAAAAAGAACAAGGAAUGGUCCACAUCCUAUCGCCGUUUAUAAUGAACGGCGUUUGCGUGCAAUGGAAAGGUCGGAUCAAUUUAGAAAAAUUAGACGGUAUCGGAUGUUUGGAAUUCGACGAAGAACGAGCAAUGAUUGAACACCAAAUAUUGCAAGAACAGAUAGAGAGGUAUAACAACCGCAUAAAAGACCACCAGGACAAAUCGCGAGUGUAUAGACAUCAAGAACGAGUCAACGGACCCGAAAUGGACGUCAACAAACGAUUUAAUAAUUUUUAAUCCAUUUAUUAAUUUCCGUUUUUAUUUAUUCUUUGUUAUGUAAUCUCGUUGGCAUUAGAUAAACUAAUUUACCUUUUAUUAUUCAAGAUAAUUGUGUUUACCUCCUAUAUUAUUAACAGUGGAAAUGCCAAAUUAUGUAACCCACACCACCGACGAAAUAGAUAUGACGACACAGAGAAAUUAUUGCUAACAGACGAUUUUUUUAUGUUCAUUUAGGCAUUUUUCUAAGUGCAUGAUGUGAGUUUUGUAAAUGUGUGCGUAGUAAAUGAUCGUUAGCAAUUGUGUAAUUUGGUCAUGUUUAUAGGUGGCGGAAUGAAAUGUUUUUACAUUUUACCUAUAACUUCCCACCAAAAAAAAAAAGAAUAUUGUAUUUAUCAUAAGCAUCUUCUUUCAGUGCAAUAAAUGUAUGUACAUAUUUGAUAUUUAAUCACUCCUGAAAAAUUUCAUUUGUGUGGGUUACAUUACUUAGCCUUUCCAUGGUCGUUAUAAUCAAAGAUUAUGCGAUUUUGCGAUUUUAUUUUGUUUUUUUUGUUUGUAAUAUAAUACAUUAUGCAAUAAAAUUAUCCUUUUACGAAA